AUGUCUGAAACACCUUCAUAUACAUUAAAACAACUUGGUAUAGUUCACUCCCCACAUAAAGAUAUAUCAGAUACACCGAAAUGUGGCAAUGGAGAUGAAAAAGAAGGAAUUGUGGAAAUUUUCCCAGAAUUCACUGAUUGUUUGAAAUGCUUAGAAGAAGAAAAGUUCAUUCACUUAAUAUGUUGGUUAGACAAAGCACAAAGAGAUGUAUUAUCCUGCCAUCCAAGAAGAGAUCCAGCAAAUCCGAUUACUGGUGUAUUUGGAACAAGAUCACCAAGCAGGCCAAAUCCUAUUAGUUGCUCUCUUGUUGAAGUUUUAGAAAUAUCUGCCAACAAUAUCAAGGUAAAAGGCUUAGAUUUAUUUGAUGGAACACCUCUACUUGAUAUCAAGCCAUUUUAUUUCCCAUUUGACAAAAAAUAA